AUGAAGGUGUACUUUACUCUAGCGGCACUUGCCCAAGCCUUGCUGGUGCUCGCACACGAUCACCAUGUCGAGCCUCGCAAUCCUCCGUUCGGACGAGGCAACGGCGGCGGUGGUUACGGCGGCGGUUAUGGACGAGGAGGUCCCUUCGGGUCGGGCGGCUCCGGCUGCGCUAAGGACUGCGUCUCUUCCUACUGGGAGACAGCCACGCCUACUCCCUCGGCCUUCUGCGACGAGGGAUCCCCACUGCGCACCUGCAUCUCCUCCGCCUGCGCGUCCCAAGCAGACGAAUACAAGAGCUACUCGGAUCGCUCGAGCUCCCUCUGCAGCAAAUACGAAUCCUGCUCGAGCACGGGCACCUACACCUACACGUACCAGACUCCCGACCAAGACUGGCCCUUCGGCGCGGGAUGGCGCGGUACCAAGACGUGGCCGACCGGCGAGGUGGUCGUCACGGGCUGUCCCUGGGACGGCAAUGGUUGGGGAUUCCCCUUCUGGGGAGGUCUCGGUGGAGAUGGGUUCUGGAGUAGUUUGGGACCGGGAUGGCAGUACACUACCGUUACUACGACGGUCGAGCAGGCCGGGUCGACGAAUCAGGUGUAUGCCGUUGAGCAGGCUGUUAGUGAUGAUGUAACUACUGUUAGGACGAUUGGGCUUGCGGCUGCUGCUACUGGUUCUAGCUCGGGGGAUUCCUCUGGUGGUUCGAUGGUGAGCGUCAAGGUCACGGGUGCUCUCCUCGGUGCCAUGCUCUGUGUAGUUGGACUCAUGUAA